GGUUGUCAUUCCAUCGAGACCAGGCAAGUUGCGCAAGACGAAAACGCGCUAUCUGCUUCUGCGGGUUCUUCGUUAUCUCAGCUAGACAACAAGAACGCCGAAUUAUCAGCUGACAAUACUGUGCCUGAGUCUCGUCAGCUUCCCAUGUCGACAUCUCGCAGCAGGAUGGUCGUUAAGGCUGAUGAUCCCGUCGAUGAUUCGGCGGUCGUGCAACAAGAGAGGAAGGUUCAAGCAAUGGCGAAUACAAGGACUCCUAAACACGCAAGUUCCAGUGGUCCGGGCCGUCCAAACAAAGUCGUGAUACUUCCUGAGACACACGCUGCCCAGCGCCAUGCAGCAGACAGUAGUACAGUGACCACCCCGCCUCACUCCGCCAGCGCCGCCGGUGAGAAGUUGCCGUCAACACGCGUUGUUCUAGCGCGAUCAGCAGCACAGUCGAAAAAUGAUCAAGCAUGGUCGACGAAGAAGGGUAAGGCUAAGAAAGAAUUAAUUACCCCGCUUGAUUAUGCGCAGAGGCUCCUAUCUGCGCUUGCUGACGCCGAAGCGAGAUUGAGAGUCUCGUCCACUCCAUUUUUGAAAGGAAAGAGGAUUUAUUAUUAUGGAGGGGAUAUGAAAUAUGCGAGCGAAGAGACUAGGAAGCGAAUGGAGAUAAUUGUCAAGCAUGGCGGUGCUCUGAUACCGACGUAUGACCCAGCCCAGGUGACACAUAUCGUCACCAGCAACCAGCCACAGAAGCGGCCUCUUCUUCGCGUGUUGGGGUUGAAGUCGCUAGCUGAGAUCCCGAACAACAUACCCACGGUGAAAUGGAGCUGGGUAGCAUCUGGUCUUUCGCGGAUCAGACGGGGUCCUGCUGGUGACAAGGGGAAGGACAGAGCUGGGGAGUCCGAUGUCGGCGAGGGUUCCAAGGUGGAUGAAGUGUGGAUGGACUACGAGAUCAUGCAUGCGUCGUUCAAGGAGAGGCUAGACGCUGGAUUUGGCGAGAUGACGAGCAAGGUUCAGCGAAAAGAGCAGGCCGGACGAGUAAGAGCCAGCCGGUCGGUAGAUGGCGGUGAACGGAGCAGACGCCAGCAGGCGGCUGUGGCUGAGGAAGAUUUCAGCCGAAUAUCGGAGUUUACGCAGGACAAAAAUGAGCCGCGGGAAUCAGUUAUAUAUCAAUAUUCGGAUGAGAAGCUCAGGUCUCCAGCCUCCGUUACUCGGGGCGUCGCGGAUCACGAAGAAAAAAGAGACCGCACGAACGUCGCGGGAUCCUCCUCGAUAACCGAACCACAUAUUCAUUAUGAACUCCCUUCUCCUCCUCCUGACGAGGAUCCUCUAGCUGAAUUCUAUGCUCGAGCGCGGGCCGAGCGAGACACAGAACAUCUGCUGGGCAACGAAGACGGCGACUCUGAACUCGACGAUGAUUCAAUUGAGAAGCAGCCACGAGGUGCGAUCCGUGAGGUUCCUCAGAAGAGGGGCUUUCUAUGCGAUAAGAAGGGCGAGGGACCAGCUGUGCGAUGUGCGAAUCAGGAUAUCAUCGAUAAGCUACAAGAGUUGAUGGAUCUGGUCAAGGCCAAGCCAUUGGAGGAGGACCGUUGGCGGGUCUUCAGCUAUGGGAAAGCCAUCCGAGCACUCCGCUCGUGCCAGAUUAGGAUCACAUCAUACGAGGAGGCUAGAGCAAUCAAGGGUAUAGGAGAUAAGACCGCAAGGAAGAUAGUAGAAAUUCUGGAGACGGGCGAUCUGCGCCGUAUCGAGCACGAGAGAACAAGUGACGUGGAGGCGAUCAGCUUGUUUCAGGGAAUCUACGGUGUAGGACGUCACAUCGCCUUCCAGUGGUAUGCUAGAGGUUGCCGGACGUUAGAUGAUGUUAGGGCAAGAAAAGGAGGGAUCGUGCUGAGUGCCGCCCAGGAAAUCGGCCUGAAAUAUUACCAAGAAAUAAACUCUAGGAUGCCUAGAAGCGAGGCCGCCGAUAUUUUUAACAUCAUCAAACCAAUGGCAUUGCAGAUCGACUCCAGCCUAUUUAUCGAAAUUAUGGGUAGUUAUAGAAGGGGAAAGGCAGAUUGCGGAGACAUCGACAUUCUGAUCACUCGACCCACAAGUGACGGAAAGACUCACCAAGGUAUUCUCCGCCGCCUCCUACGGGAAUUGCACGAGCGUGGCAUUAUCACAGAAGAUCUGGGUCUGCCUGACAACUUCGACGAUUUGGAACUUGUAUAUCGAGGGCUCUGCAGGAGAGACUUGACUAGUCCUCGACGUCGUAUCGAUUUUCUGACUAUUCCCUACGCGUCGAGAGGUGCUGCUAUGCUAUAUUACACGGGCGAUGACAUUUUCAACAGAUCACUUCGCAUGAAGGCGAACGUGAUAGGAUAUUCUCUCAACCAACGAGGCCUAUAUGCGGGUGUCAUCCGUAAUCCAAGUGACAAACGGCAGAAACUGAACGAUGGCACUAUUAUCGCAUCGGAAACUGAGAGGGAAAUAUUCGAUAUUUUACGUGUGCCCUGGCAGGAGCCACACGAGCGGGUGCGGGGCUAGAAUGGGACAUGAUGCUAGUUCCAAUCCGAAGACCCCUUCCAAGGAGCCAGUCGGCAUCGCAAAAAUGCUGAAGCUGCGCUAUGCGAAAGUUGCAGAGACGAAGUGCGAGGACGUCGGCCAUGGUAUUAUUAUAACGUAUCUAACGUAUCUGUAUUCUUUUAUUCUCCUCGGACACGCUCCUUUCCCAAAGAAAUGAUAUGCAAC